GCCUGUUUCCGUUUAUUAAGUACCGGUAUUUGGAAUCUAUUUUGAUCGGAAGCCUUCCGUUAGUUGGUUGUACAAAUGACUUGUGCCUAUUGCUGUAUUACGUGUACAGUAAAACAUGUAUUUCGUGCCGAUAGUAAAUCGCUGAUGUCUCAUUGAGGCCGAUCUAAAUAAAUAAAUGACGUCCCAAAACUUGUAUGCUUAUGACAUACAAGAGUACGACUGUAGGCACACUCGUACAUGUACAUUGACACAGCCGUAUGGACGGUACCGGUACUAAUGCGGUACAGUCGUACCAGUAUGGUACCGUACCGUACGGUGCAUGUACCACCCGUACAGAAAUUGAGGAUAAAACCCCAUCUCUAAAUUGAUCAGAUUCAUCAUUCAGCAGUCAGGCGUAUCUUUUUCUUCUUCUGCCACCACGCACUUUCUCGCUCUGCGGCCAUUUUGGGAACUUUGGACCGUCUGCGACCAUGCAUUUUCUUUGCUGAUGCGAAAGAGAGGAACAACUCUGCAUUUGCUUGUGUGUGGAUAGAAUCAUAGAAUCUUCCAUCAAUUGAGUUAUCCACAAGACCUCAUAAUUUUGUAAUCCGAGCAAAGGAUACCGGUACGAGUAGACUGAAAGAUUCAAGAUGUCCUCGAAACUAAAUGAGCUCCAGAAUGCUACCGUCGGUAUGACGGUUGGCGUCAUUGAGGUCUUGAUCCUCCAGCCAUUCAAUUACGCCAAGAACAUGGCGCAGCAGAGGCAACCAAUCCAACUGAAUCCCAUGAUCAUGUAUCGUGGUGUGGGCGCAAAUGCUGUCAACAUGGGUUCCUGUACCAUGAUCCAAUUCGCCGUGGGGGGCAAGCUGAAACAUAUUGUUACCGGCGGGGAGGCCAAAACACGCCAUUUGACUCUUGCAGAGGAGAUGAUUUGUGGUAUUGGAGCUGGAGCAGUGAGUGGUUUGGUUGGAAGUCCCUUGGAACUCAUCAUGAUUCAGCAACAACGAAAGGGAGGCGGCACAGUCGACACAAUCAAAAAUAUCAUCAAGAAUCCACCGGAUGUUUACCGUGGGCUUCUUGGAUGUGCCAUCCGUGAGGCUCUCUGGACUUGUGGUUAUCUUAGUAUCCCACCUGUUGUGAGGAGAACUCUCAUGGAAAAAUACCCCGACACUUUUACAUCAAAUGACAAAGCUCGGGUCCCUGCUGCGUUGCUUGGAGGAUUGUUUGCUUGCUACCUGACUCAAUGGGCUGAUACCAUCAAAACCUGCAUGCAAGGAGACAUUGAACGUACAACCUACGGAACUUUCUCCGCUUCGGCAAGGCAUAUUUGGGCUGAGUCUGGCAUUCCAGGAUUUUACCGUGGUGCCACUUUCAGGUAUGGCCGUAUGGCUUGUGCUGUGUUUAUUAUGGACUACUCGGCCGAAUUCUUUGCCAAGUUGAUGUACCCAAACGCUUUCGCCUAAACAUGGCGCAGCGAGUACGCAGAUUCUGCCGUUGUGACGGGGACGGCCUCUUGUGUUAUGGUUAUUGGAUUCUUGGCGGAGUUUUUGGCCAAGUUAUUGAUACAUGCAAUCAAUCCACAUUCUAUCCAAGAUGGGGGCCUGUUUCUGUCACGCGUUUUGCUGUUGGUGGACUUGUGCGUUUCUCAAUAUAUGAGAAACCUAUACAAAAUGCACAUUCAUUUCAUUUCAGUUUACGUAUGUUUAUUUAAGUUUCAAAUGCAGCAAGAAUCGCCUCGCCUGUUGGGAUUUCUUCAUCUGAUAAACAUGGGACGUAGAUUUCGUCUCCGUUUUUCAUGUCUCGUCGUUGAU